CUUAAUCUUCUGAUCUUCUCUGAGUAGGGUUGCAGCAAGCAGAUAAAAAGCCAUCUCUCUCUCACACUGAAGCAUCCCUCGAAAGUAUUCUCCAUACUUUAAUAUCCAAUUCUUCUAUAUCUCCUGCCUUUCGACCAUGGGCGCUUCGCUUCCUCCCAAAGAGGCCAACCUCUUCAAAGUGAUUGCCAAAUCGUACGAGACUAAACAGUAUAAGAAGGGCUUGAAGGCAGCAGAUUCUAUAUUGAAGAAGUUUCCAGACCAUGGAGAAACUUUGUCAAUGAAGGGUUUGACAUUAAAUUGCAUGGAUCGCAAAGCAGAAGCAUAUGAGCUUGUACGACUAGGACUAAAGAAUGACCUCAAAAGUCAUGUUUGUUGGCAUGUUUAUGGUCUUUUGUACCGGUCAGAUCGAGACUAUAGGGAGGCAAUUAAAUGCUACCGGAAUGCCCUAAAAAUUGAUCCAGAUAACAUUGAAAUACUGCGAGACUUGUCACUUUUACAGGUGCAAAUGCGUGAUUUGACAGGUUUUGUUGAAACGAGGCAACAAUUACUGACUCUGAAACCCAAUCAUCGCAUGAAUUGGAUAGGAUUUGCUGUUGCUCAUCAUAUAAAUUUGAAUGCUUCAAAAACAAUUGAUAUCCUUGAAGCUUAUGAAGGAACACUUGAAGAUGAUUACCCUCCUGAUAAUGAACGUUGUGAGCAUGGGGAAAUGCUGUUAUACAAGAUUUCCUUAAUGGAAGAAUGUGGUCUUCUGGAGAGAGCGCUGGAGGAGCUGCACAAGAAAGAGUCUAAAAUUGUUGAUAAAUUAGCCUACAAGGAACUUGAAGUUUCACUUCUCGUGAAGCUAGGUCACCUAGAGGAAGGUGAACAAUUGUGUAGAAUGCUGCUAGCAAUGAACCCUGAUAACUACAGAUAUUAUCAAAUACUACAGAAGUGUGUGGGUCUACCAUCAGAUACUCCGCAAUAUUCCCCUGACGAAAUUAUUCGGCUGGAGGCCUUGUACAAAUCACUUGGGAAAAAAUACAUUCAGUCAUCUGCUGUUAAGAGAAUACCACUUGAUUUUCUUAGUGAUGACAAGUUCCAGAAGGCGGCAGAUGAUUAUAUCAGGCCUCUCCUAACAAAGGUAUUUCUGUUUUUUUUUUCCCCCAAUUUGUCCUUGAAGUUAUUUGAUUUGGUAGGCAGGUUACAAGUAUGCAAGACUGACUUUCUAUUCAUUACGCAGGGAGUUCCUUCAUUAUUCUCUGAUCUCUGUCCUUUAUAUGAUCACCCUGGCAAGGCAGAUAUUUUGGAGCAUCUGAUUCUUGGAUUGGAGCACUCUAUUAGGACUACUGGUGGAUAUGCUGGCAGGAUGGAGAAAGAGCCUCCUUCAACACUGUUAUGGACUCUGUUUUAUUUGGCUCAGCAUUAUGAAAGACACGGCCAGUAUGAUACUGCUCUUGCAAAAAUUGACGAGGCUAUCAAACACACUCCAACUGUGAUUGAUUUAUACUCAGUCAAGGCUCGGAUACUGAAGCAUGCUGGUGACUUCGUAGCUGCUGCAGCACUGGCAGAUGAAGCUAGGUGUAUGGAUCUUGCAGAUCGCUACAUAAAUAGUGAAUGUGUUAAGCGUAUGCUGCAGGCUGAUCAGGUGGCAUUGGCGGAAAAGAUAGCUGUGUUGUUCACAAAAGAUGGAGAUCAGCACAAUAACCUUCAUGAUAUGCAAUGCAUGUGGUAUGAACUUGCUUCUGGAGAAAGUUACUUUCGACAAGGGGAUCUUGGGCGAGCUUUGAAAAAAUUCUUAGCUGUGGAGAAACAUUAUGCAGAUAUCACAGAAGACCAGUUUGAUUUCCAUUCUUAUUGCUUGAGAAAGAUGACUCUACGUACAUAUGUUGAAAUGCUCAAAUUUCAAGAUCAAUUGCAUUCACAUGAUUAUUUUCACAAAGCAGCUAGUGGAGCUAUAAGGUGCUAUAUAAAACUUUACAGUUCUCCUCCAAAAUUGGCAGCUGAUGAAGAUGAUGAAAGGUCAAAGUUACUUCCUUCUCAAAAGAAGAAAAUGAGACAAAAGCAGAGGAAGGCAGAAGCUCGAGCUAAGAAAGUGGCAGAAGUGAAAAAUGAAGAAUUGAGUUUUAGUGGUGUCCCUAAGUCUGGAAAACGGCAUGUCAAACAAGUAGAUCUGGAUCCUAAUGGGGAGAAGUUGUUAAAGGUUGAAGACCCAUUGUUGGAAGCUACAAAGUACUUGAAGCUGCUUCAGAAGCACUCACCUGAUUCCUUAGAGACACACUUGCUUUCUUUCGAACUAAAUAUGAGAAAGAAAAAGAUUCUGCUUGCCUUUCAGGCUGUAAAGCAACUUCUACGGUUGAAUGCUGAGAACCCAAAUUCACAUUGCUGCUUGAUAAGAUUCUUCCAUAAAUUGGGGGAUAUGCCUGCUCCAGUAUCUGAAACUGAGAAACUCAUUUGGGCUGUCUUAGAGGCAGAGAGACCUACUUUAAGUCAGUUGCACGGGAAAUCUAUCCUAGAGGCAAACAGUCUUUUUCUUAAAAAGCAUGAAGGCUCUUUGAUGCAUAGAGCAGCAGCAGCAGAUAUGCUAUACUCUUUAGAUAGUAGCAGGAGGGCUGAGGCAGUCAAACUAAUAGAAGAUUCAUCCAACAAUGUGGUUUCAAUAGAUGGAGCACUUGGACCAGUCAAUGAAUGGAAACUUAAAGAUUGCAUAGCAGUUCAUAGAUUACUUGGUACAACUUUGAGCGACCAUGAUGCAGCAUUAAGAUGGAAGGAACGAUGUGCCCAGUACUUCCCAUACUCAACAUACUUUGAAGGCAGACACAGCUCUGCCAGUCCAAACUCUGCCUACAACCUAAUAAGGACGGACACCGAGAAUGGGGACACAGCCCUUUCAGACGCUGGUCAUGGUGGGGAGCCCAUUUGGUCAAAUGGAAAACUGGAGGAGCCAGAGACAUUCAAGGACCUUGUCAUCUGACCAAACUAUGUGAAAGCACUCCUCGCUAAUUGCCUGAUUCAGGCAAUCAAAAGCUAGCAACCAUUCUGCAGAUUGUAAAAUAAACCUGAUGAGAGCAGAAGGGUGCAAAGAAGAUCGAUCAGUCGGAGGUUUUCAUGCAAGUCGUGGUGAGGUUAUCUUCGACAUGGCUUUGGAUGAAUUUUCUUUCUGCCCAGUUCAGUCUCCACGCGGUGCCCCCCGACCCGUCCCUUUGCAACGUGUAUAGUAUACUCUCCUUGUGUUUCUGAAUUCUUGAAUACUUUUUAACGCCCAUCCAAUUUGGGGGCGAUCAGGGGCAAGAGGUUCUAUGGGUUGGGAUUUACUUUCAACAAGAUUGGGGUGUUUUCUGGGUUGGGUUGAAGGGAGAAGAACUGCGGAAGCUAUUACGUGUCUGAUUGAACAUCCAGUCUAAACAGAAUACCACCAUAGUAUUUAUUGAUCUCCAGGGGAUGUUGUACUUGGCUUCUUUUUCCCGAUUGACCAUUAUUCGUUCAUGUGUAAAUGCUGGCUAGGUUUUGGUGGUGGAACAAUUUUGGCAUGAAAUUACACGAUAGCCAAUUCAACUCAUAUUAUUGCAGCAAUGGCAUCUUUGAGAGCCCCCCCUGCUUGAA